AUGACGGUCACGACAAUAUCCCCUCCCCCACCAGAACCGCCGGACACGCCAGACCUCCUCCCGGCUCCGUCGUGCGUGCUCAUUUCAAAACCUCAUCACCGUCCCGACUUGCUCUCCCCAGGGCUCGUCCCGAGAACAUCCCUGCUGCCAUCUUCGCCGGACCCUAUCAAUCUGACGAUGCCAAUCUCCGCGUUCAAGCUGUAUCACCGUCGGCUCUCACCGGAAUCCCCCCGGAUCUGA